AGCCUAAGUUCCCCUCAAUGUGUCUGUUUAACCUGCAUUACCUCAUUUCUGAUUCGCCUCUCUCGCAUUCGCUCUUCCGCUUUCUCUGUCUCUCCCUCGUGUUCUCCCUUUCACCAGUCCAGCUCUGUGGCUGGCGUUACAUCACUUAGUUGGCACAGAAUGAUCUUCGCUCCUCCACAGUAGAAGCCCUGGUGACAGCAACGAACUUCCUCUGAACUGAUGAAAAUUUCAACAAUUGGCUCUUCAACGCCGCUCAACUCCAGGUAGUCAGUGCAGCGUUGUCCUUGGUGCUGAAAUCAACUCGUCUGCGCUGGUCGGCUGUCAAGGGUGGUGCUACUCGAAGUGCUGUAUAACUUGUGAAUGUUAGCGUGGUGUCUGGCUGGUGUGCUCCAUUUGAUGAUAAUUCAAAAUUAACAACGUCGAGACACUUAGAAAGAAAAACUGGAUCCAGCGAAUCAAUUAAAUUCGCCAACUGAGAAUAUCUUCCAGCGGUAUCGAUUUUUGUAGGCUGAGGAAACGAAAAUAUCUGGAGACGGGGUCGAUUUCUUCUUCAACUGCUUUAACCUAGUUAACCUGGUGAGUUGUUUUUCUGUGCGUGUUCAGUUACAUGAAAAUAUAUCUGGAAGAAGAAACUCUCUGAAAGACUGGAUUUUCGACUAGGUUGUGGAAUUUCCUCCUGGAUACGACACGAUUAAAUUGUAGGCUAUUUUUGCCCUAUACGCUAUUCAAGCUGAACUUGCCUGAAUCCCAAUGAUAGUCUGAGCACUGAGCUUCGACGAAGCGCUGCUGAACUAUGGAGCCGUCCACUAACGGGUCCAGUUUUGGGAUCGACUCGCUACUCUCACACAGACCCGGCAGUCCGGUCAUGUCGAAAGGGGACAGUCUUGUCGGGGAAUGCCGUUCUCCGCUGGAGUUCAGCCCACGGUCUGACCUGGAAAGCGGAUGCUCGUCUCCCCCCUCGCCGAGACGGGAAUGCGGAGACGAGGCAGCCCAGCGACAGGGUCACGCACUCGGGCUGCCGGCCCACCUCCAGCUCGGCCAGAUCUCUGCCGGUUCGCAGCCUCGGACUGUCACCUCAUCUUUCCUUAUUAGAGACAUUUUAGCUGACUGCAAACCGCUGGCCGCUUGCGCGCCAUAUUCAAGCAACGGCCAUCCAACUCAAGAAGGAGGCCGACUGGCCUCUAAAAUAGCAGACGAGUACAUCGAAAAGAUACACAGUAACUCUUCAUCAGACAGCGAAUACAAAGUGAAAGAAGAAGGCGACAGAGAGAUUUCAAGCAGCAGGGACAGCUCGCAGGUCCGCCUGAAGAAACCCCGGAAGGCGCGCACCGCCUUCACGGACCAUCAACUGGCCCAACUCGAGCGCAGCUUCGAGCGCCAAAAGUACCUGAGCGUGCAGGACCGGAUGGAGCUGGCAGCCUCGCUAAAUCUCACCGACACACAGGUGAAAACCUGGUACCAGAACAGAAGGACCAAGUGGAAGAGACAAACGGCGGUGGGACUUGAACUGUUAGCGGAAGCUGGAAACUACUCCGCUCUGCAAAGGAUGUUCCCCUCGCCGUACUUCUACCCACAGAGUUUGGUGUCCAACCUGGAUCCCGGGGCGGCGCUAUAUCUGUACAGAGGACCUUCGGCCCCUCCACCGGCUCUGCAACGACCUCUCGUCCCGCGGAUUCUUCUACACGGUCUUCAGGGCGGAAGCGAGCCACCGCCAUCCUUAACCUCCCUCUCUGGCGUGCUGCCGCGGCCCACGCAGCAGCGAUGAGCCGGACACACUGGACUCACAUUUAAGUCGGCAGCUUGGAACUUCAUGAACAAAAGAAAAACAGUGAGAAAGAAAAAAAAAUCUAUAACUGAUGACAUAUGAAUCAAGUCAUGUCUUUUAAAAAGCCACAAAGAACAUCAGGACUGAAUAAUUGAAUAAUGUUCAUUAGGCCUAUUUAUUAUUUAUUUAUUUUCCCCGAUGUAUUUAUCAUGGAUAUAUAUUUAUAUAUUGUUUACCCUCAGAAUUUCCUUGUAGGACAGUAUAAUCACAGCAACUUCGACAAGGGCGCAAUAAUGUUGCUGUCACUUGAAUCUUAAAAUAUCAGGAGCCAUUUUGUUUCUACACCAACUAUUAUUAUGAUUAUUAUGAUUAUUGUUAUUAUUAUUAUUAUUAUUAUUAUUAUUAUACAAUUGGCGCUACAGGAUAUUACAAUUGAAUAUUACUGUAGGCGAACUAUUUCUAAAAUCGAGCCAUUCCAUAGAUUUUAGAUUCGCAAACAUUUCAAAUUCAUUUCUACGUGGAACAUUUUGCAAAAUUGCCUUUAAUUAGGCAACUUCAUUAACAUGAAACAAUGUACAGAAGGAGAAAAUACGUGUAAAUAAGAAUAUUUUGUGUUAUAUUCAAAGACAGAACCUUGAUUUAAUAUAUUUUGACGUUCUCUCGUGUGCAUCCUUCUCAUGAUCUCUUAAGUGUCAAGACGAAGGGGAUCCUAGGCAGUAGCACCCAAGGCUGAACAUUUCGACAAGAAUUCUCAGAUUUCCCAACUUCAUGGGAAGCUACAAAUUGACAAAAAACGUUCAUUUUUCAAGUUUAGUUAGCAAGGUCAUCGGGACCAAAAGGAAGCCAAUGGAAGUCCAAUGUCACAGAGGACAGGACAUGUUAAGAUGAAAUUGGAUGUCCAACAGCCACCAAGACUGAACUAAAAGAAUCAGUAAAACAAAUCUAGCCCCACAAAUAUCUUUCUACUGUUCAUUAUCAAAUUGUAUAACAAAGAUUCAAGCAUUCCAUUUCAGAACAAUAGUAAUUGGAGAGUAGCUUAAGAGGAGGAGACAGAGAGAACGAGGAAGAGAGAGAAAGAGUUGACAUAUAUAUCUUCUUUGGUGUAAAGAAAAAUCAGCCACUUCAAUAAUUAAUCAUUGGAUUCUGAUGAACCAUUAGAUAAUAAUUAUGGUAAUGUGGAGUGUUUUGCCAAUAUGGCUCUCCUCUCCUUCCUACUCAAACAUGUCAGGCGUAUUGAGGCAUUAGACAUUGUGCAUUAUUUCUGUCAUUGGGUAUAUGAAACCAUCUUGUUACUAUUUUUGGUGAAGCUGUAUAUUGGACAUAUUAAUUUGUGAAGUGAUUCUCGUAUUUCAAUUUAUAUAGGUUCCCCUGUGCAGCAAGUGCAAUUCCUUUUUAUCCCUUUCCUUCUUUUUUGUUGGUUUCUUUUUUACAACCCCAACACACACCUGCAGAAGUACAGGUUGGGCGUGCAGGGGGAGCCGAGGUGAGGAGCGUUACUUUUAUAAAUGUGCAAAUAAAGAUCCUUUCAUUACAUAUGCACUGAA